AUGAAUAGAGCUGUCACGUACGAUGAAAAAAUCCACUGUAUCGCAGACUUGGAAAAAGCUGCAAAUGAAAUUCUCACUCCAAUGGCUCGUGAUUUCAUUAGUGGAGGGUCAAUGGACCUCCAAACGUUAGGCGAAAACAAAGCGACGUAUGACAGAUACAAGCUUCGGCCUCGAGUAAUGGUUGAUGUGACCUCGGUAGAUACAACUACCACAUCUUUGGGCUCAACUGUAGCUUUUCCGCUUGGUAUUUCACCUUCCGCAAACCAUGGUAUGGCACAUCCCGACGCCGAGUUAGGAACUUCAAGGGCUGCCGCCAAGAAGGGAGUGAACAUGAUUCUUUCAAGCUGGACCAACUCUUCGCCUAAGGAUGUUGCUAAGCAAGGGGAGAAUUCUGGUAUAGCUUAUGCUCACCAGUUGAGUGUGGUAAUGGAUGAGCCAACAAAUAUGUCGAUAAUCAAGAAUGCUGAGGAAUGUGGCUACAAAGCACUUUUUAUCAGUGUGGAUUGCCCUUGGCUCGGGAGACGUUUGAAUGAAAUGAGAAACUCAUUUACCGUUCCUCUGCAUCUCAAAUAUCCAUGCUACCCAUGGAUUGAUAGUACUAAUAUGGUCAGCGACGAUAUAAGAACUCAAUAUGAUGCUUCACUCACUUGGGAUUAUAUUCGGCAGCUUAAGAAGAAGACAAACAUGCAAAUUUGGCUCAAAGGAAUCCUCACUGCUGAAGACGCAGCAUUGGCGGUUGACGCUGGAGCAGACGGCAUUCUCGUUUCUAACCAUGGAGGAAGACAGCUUGAUGGAGCCAUGUCAACCUUGGAAGCUUUGCCGGAGAUUGUUGAGGCAGUUAAGGGAAGGAUUCCCGUGCAUAUUGAUGGCGGUAUUCGCCGUGGAAGCGAUAUUUUCAAGGCUCUUGCAUUGGGAGCUGACUACUGUUGGAUUGGUCGGAUUGCACUCUGGGGCUUGGCCUACAAUGGAGAGAAGGGAGUCUCGUUAGCCCUUAACAUCCUUCAUGAUGAGUUCCGCCUUGUUAUGGCACUAAUGGGAUGUAAGUCGGUAAGCGAUAUAAAGCCCGAGCAUUUGGCCAGGUUGGGAGCCGAUGGAAGAUUGACUAAAUUGACUAGUAAGUCUCCAGCGAAGCUUUGA